CUCCGUAGUUGGCAGGAGCUCCGCAACAGCAGGGAGAGGCAAGGCGGUGAGCUGCUUUGCACUGAGGAAACGUGAGUUUAACCUAAUGCAAACAACACUCGAGUGCAGCGACAACAGAAACGCUCUUGGCCAUGAUUCGAAAAAGUGGACUAGAGGAACGUGUCCCAUGCAGACAAGGAAACCUCGAGGAGUUUGAAGACUCAGGCGCUGAGACAGCUGGAUCUGACUUCAGCAGAAUGUCCUCGGCAAGCAGUGACUCUGUGUUGGAUGAAAAACAAGACCCCUUUCUGAUGUCAGUACAUCUUCUUGCCAGCCCGGGACAGUCAUUCCUUCUGCAGCAAACUCUUGAUGAGCUUUUGAAGUGGACAAGUCCAGAGGCUCAUCUAUUUUAUGUUUCUGAACGCACUACUGCAGUUAGGCGUUGUGAUGAACAUCUCAGGAAACGUUCUGGAUAUCCAGCCAUGUCAGUUAUCCUGUUUCUACAUGAGAACCUGGGUGAAGAAAGAAUUUUGGAAGCACAAGAUUUUUUUCAGAACCUGCCGUGGAAAUUUCAUCAUAGUGAAAGCUCUAAUGGAAGCGUACUUCCGUACAUGCAUUUUUGUCAAAAUUUUUAUAGCUUGGAUGAUGAUAUGCCUGUUUGGGCAAUUAGACAGGUCCACUGUGGAGGAGAAAUACUUAGAGUUACACUAUACUGUAGUUAUGACAAUUAUGAAGAUACAGUUAAACUGUAUAAACUCAUCUUACAGAAAGAGGCAACUAUGCAGAAAACUAACUUCUGCUAUUUUACUCUGUACUCCAACUCCAACUUUAACAUUCAGCUAUUCAUAAAACAGCUGUCACCUAGAAUUUCAGUGGACAUCAAGGAAUCAGCAGUGUUACAGUUCAGGGUGCAGUACAUUGGCCAGUUGGUACCCUUUAUGCAAAAACCUUGCAUAGCAAUAAGUAACGCAAGGUGGCAGACAGAAGACUUUGAUGGCAACAAGAUUCUUUUUCAGGUUCAAGACAGCAGUCAGCACUCCCAAAGAAGUUGUGAAAGCUCCCAGCCACCCGUUUGUUCCUGCAAAAACAUCUUGAGCAACUUAAUGCAAUAUAGAAGGACUCAAUUUCCUUUGAGUAAAAUAGUCAGUAGUAAAGACAGAAAGCUGCCAGCUGUGCUGAGGAAUCGCAAAACCCAGAAAUUAAGGACUGUAGAUGAGUUCCAGAAAGGACAGUCAGUAGAAACUUGUAACCAAUAUGAAGGGUUUGCUUCAGAGAGCUCUUGCAGUACACCUAGAAGCAGUUCCUGUUGCUCUUCAAAGUGUAGCAGUCCUGUGUCAUCAUCUCAUUGUGGUGAAUGUAACAGUACAGCCGUCCAAAAAAGUAACUACUUUCACAUGACUUCUGUUAAAGUGCAGCAAGAAUUUGAGAUGAAUGUUGAUACAGGCAUUUUAAUAGGAGGUUCAGAAGUUUCAUCUGACUAUAAUUCAGAUCCUCUUACUGGGUUUUCCAAAAUUUUGAACAAUUGUCUUCCAGAUCAAAGGACAGAGCAAAGUAACUUGAUUAACAAAGACAUAAUUGGGAGACUUUCAGAAACUGAUUCAGAUUUUAAUCAGACCCAAAGUAUCUCACUUGCUGCCAUAAGUAAAAUGGCAAACUGUGAAACCCAGGACAUUGUUUUACAGCACUUUCAAACAAAGCGUGGUGAUGGAAAGCAAGAGGAGGAAGAGUUUUUUAUAUAAAAUUAAAUAAGUUAUUUAAUAUAAUAUUCUUGAUAUUUUAUAAAUAUAUUUAAAAUACAGCAUUAGCCCGGUUGUCAUUCGGAAUGCAUCCUUCCAACCUUAACUUUUUCCCCAAUUAAACCUAGUGGAAUUAAACAUUAC